AUGAGCGAGCUUAGGAAACGCUACAGCUGCCCCAGCCCUGCCCCCACCACGUUGGCGCUAGACGGCCGGGUCGUCGACGACCUGCCAUUGCUGGCGCUGCUGGCGUUCUACCGCCAGUUGCCGCUGAUGGAAAUGCCCCCUGAGCUCGAAGGUUUUGGCGUGGUGAUUAAAUCGCUUUCCACCGCCCGGCUCAACUCGUGUUUGCGGUGGUACUUCAACCAACCGUUGCCGCUGACCAACGAGAUGUUCCCCUGGCUCCACGGCUUGCACGAGGAGAACUUUGCCCAGCGCCAGUUCUUCCUCAACCAGCAGUUCCCCGAGUUCCGCCCCGUGCUGGUAGAUAAACCGCGUGUCGCCCGCUUCCUCAUGUGUGUUGACACCGAUGAGGACUCGGCCGUCGACCCUUUCACUACGCAUUUUCUUACCCCACACAACUUCCAUAACUACCGCCAUUUCGAUACCCAGAACGUGCUCAAAAACACGGUGAAACUUAAAGACGUGCUUCGCAAAGUCGACGUGCUGCGAGCUGAGGUCCGGUGCAUUGUAUACGAAAUUUUCUCCAACUUGUUCCCCGACUCCAUCGACUUGGAUCCCGUCGUCGAUGUAUUCACACGUGACUGUCUCCUCAUCAAAUUCUUGCCGAUAUUCCUCAAUUUGGAUCCUGAUCGUGGCGUAUCGCUUCGCAACUUCCACAUUCAGGUGGCAAAAUUAGCAUCGUGCCUGGACUUUAUCGUCUACGGCAACCACCACAUUGCCAGCUUCGCCCGCGUGUUAUGGUUGGCUCAACAGCAUGAAGCAUUCACCGAAGGUCUCGAACCAGCCUACGCCGUAUACACUCAUCUGGGAGCAGUAGCUGACCUUGAUGGCCAGCUUCUGUGGAAAAAUGACUACAUUGUCCGCGAGAAAGUUGAGAAUAUGAGAAUGGCGCUGGCCACCAAAAUUAAUGGACAAGUAUGGGCAGGUAACUACUGGGACUACCACUCGUUUGUUACUCAGGAGCAUAAGCUGUCAUCCGAACUGAAAGGCUGGCCUCACAUGUAUUGUGAUCCCGACAAUCUGGUGGUCACCUCGCUUUCAGAUUUUGACAAUGUCCUUGACUCUCUUCCUCAACCCAAAGCCAAUUGGCGGUUGCUUUUCCAUUGCCACUCCGAUGCACGGUUCCCCAACCCUUCGACAUUGUCUCUGCUCAUCUACAAAUGCCUGUUGCGAAGUAAACAUGCUAAGGAUAACCAAAAUGACAAAAUCAUGCAUCUACUCGACUUUCCCCCGCUGGGAAGCGUUGGCAUUGGCGACUGCAAGCCUGACAACCUUGCUCUGAUUGUCAACACUUGUAAACUCAUUUACAUGUUCCUGCUGCUGACACUGCAGGCAGCUAACGUUGAGCUGACAUUAAUCUACUGUAACGACGGCUACACUGAGCUGCUGUUAUUGGUGCUUUUGUACUUGAUGUACCUGUUGGAUAUCAGUUUGGGCGAUGCCAUGAUUACGCUUCACACCAAAUAUGGAAGGCCGUUCUACAUUUUCCCCUCCGACGCGGUGAUUUUGGAAAAGCUUGAGGCUUUGGUACGAAAGUUCUCUCCAUUACGCCGCCAAGACAUUGACUGGCUGGAACCAGAGAAGAUUCUGUCUCAAGAAAUUAACGAGAUCUUGUUGGGUUCCCCCAGUAAAACGGUAUCUGACAGUUGUCGUUUGGGAUUCAUCGCUAACGAACUGGACGAAGAAGAAGUGGACGAUGCCGAAGAAACUCUGUGGGUGACUCAAGUGGAGGGGUCGCUUCCGCUGCGGAUCUUGCCUUACCUUUACUUGGGGUCGUUGAAGCAUGCUAACUGCCCUGCGAUCUUGACGAAACUUGGCAUCACUAAGAUCAUCAGUGUUGGCGAAAGUUUGGAUUGGAUACCCGAGGAUUCCCAGGUGACUACUGAAGACAAUGGCAACAUCGAGAUGAUCUCUGUUAAAUCAGAAUACUCUGUCGAUACGGUGAUGAAAGUUAACAACCUCCUUGAUGAUGGCAUCGAUGAGCUCUCACAGCUGUUACCGAGAAUUCUUCAAUUUUUGAAUGACGAAUACACCAAACUGGAGGGCCAGGUGCGGAUCUUAGUGCACUGUCGAGUGGGGGUGUCUCGUAGUGCUACUGUGGCUAUCGCUGAAGUGAUGAGAAGACUCGAAAUCACCAUUCCUAAUGCCUACCUCUACGUGCGGGUGCGUCGACUCAACAUCAUCAUUCAACCAAACUUACGCUUCAUGUACGAGUUGUUUAAAUGGGAGGAGCAGGAAAAGCUCAAACAAGACCAUCUGCUGACAAAUUUGCGGGAGGUUGAUUGGUUCAUCAUGUGCCGCGAGAUAAUGAAACUCAAUCUCCCCUACUUAACGAAAUGA